UCCCUCUUUCCAACUCGCCAAUGGAUACUUCAGUCGUGAAAAUCAUUCCUGUCACCCUUAAUGGUGACAAUUAUCUUAGCUGGUCCAGAUGUGCUAAGAUGUUCUUCAAGAGUAAAGGCUGGUGGGAUCAUGUUACCACCACCAAAAAUAUUGAUGAUUCAUCUGCAACUCCUCUGUCUGAAGCAGACAACAAGUGGUUACAGGAAGACCACACAGUUGUCACCGUCAUGCAGAGCUCGUUCGACAACUCAAUUUUGGCUUCCUUCAACCAUAUUGAAUCUGCCAAGCUUCUCUGGGAUACCCUGAAAGAUGUGUUUGGAAAUAUAUCCAACAUCAACGGGAUCUAUGAAGUGAAGAGCAAGAUCUACUCUCUACGACAAGAGGAAAAAUCAUUCCAGACACUGCUGGGUGAAUUCACGGCUCUAUGGUCGGAAUUUCGUGAACUAAGAACCCCUCCUACCGAAAAGACUGAACUGGAGCAUCAUGAGCAAGACAAAAUCUUUGCUCUCCUAUUUGCUCUCAACAGUUCUUACAAAGACCUGAUCGAGAGCAUAUUGCGGGAAUCCACACUUCCCACCUUCAAUGACAUCUGUUCUCGGAUCAAGAAGGAGGAAGGGGGAAAGAAUCUAUUUUCUGGCACCAAUGAGAUUGCUCAUAAAGCUGAUCAUUCCAAACCAGCGAAUGAGCGUAAAUCUUACUUUUGUGAUUAUUGCAAACGCAAAGGACAUUCAAAGGACAAAUGCUAGGCUCUUAAUCCACACCUCAAGCCUCAA